AAAGACGUUAUUAGGAAUUAAGAAAAACAUGAUAAAUAUUCAUAUAAUAAGUAUUCACCCAAUGCACGGACACUAAGAAUACCAAGUUAGAAAAAGUGCUCUAUCGUGUUCAUGUGUCAUACAUUGGUAAGAUCAAUACUAAAUAGUAAACAUACUCGAAAAGUAAAAGUACUCAUAAUGCGUUUUGGCCAAAUACGGAAUCAUAUAUUAAAUUACUGGAUUAGGAUUAUUGAUAUGUUUAUCGCAUGCUGGUGGAUCUAAUUUGAAUUAUUUAGUAAAUACUUCUGAUGGAUAUUUUAACCUAUGGUUACAUGUUAAUGUUUAUUUAUUAGUUAAUAUAUAUUUUGUAUAAGCUUAUAAUAUGAAUUUGUAAACUAAUUAGUAAAUAAGGCUGACAAAUAAAUAAAGUGGAGUAAAAAGCAGAAUUAUGAAAAACUCAGGUUAAGUAAAAUCAACUCAAAAUAGAAUGCAGUAGUUUAGCAAUGCACCUUGUUACAUUUAUCCACUUCAACAUUUUUUCUGAAACGUUUAUAACGUAUAUGUCUAUAUAAAUGUGUUUAAAAAUAUUUUUGUGUGUGGAUGUCAACAGCUGGAGGUCUCUUUAUUAAUUUAUGCUAUUAUUUUGUGUGAUGUAAUUCCAUAUUGAAUGUCACUGUAUGACAUCCAUAGGAAAUCAGGAAUGAUCCAUGGGGCUGUGCAGGAACACCAGAGGGCAGCAAGAGAGAACACUUGGAUAGGACCUGGUGUGAGAAACCGAAAAGUAGCUGCAGCUGUGAUGAGCUUGUUAGCAAACACUCGCUAAUAUUUGCAUAUUCAGAUGUCUAAUUUUUUAAGUUCAGAAUUGGAGGACAUUAUCUGUCCCACCUAUGACAUUUCCAAUUAAUCCAUGCCCAAAAUGCUAAAACUGGACUAAAUGUAUUUGUCCUUAGACACAAUGUAAAUAAAGUUGUAGAAAAAGUAGUUUCGAAAAUAUACUUUAUAAUAUCAAACAGCUCUCGAGCCCCCCCUAGAAUGGCAUUUUUCUCUGGUCCUUCAUUCCUGGAGACCAACUACAUGUCAAAUAUAACAUUAAGAAACCGGCUUUUCAUUUACUUGUUUUGCUAUUUUUUUUUGUACAUACGUCUCUUGUAAUGGUCAACCAUAAACAUAUUUGAAAAGAGGGUACUUUCAUACUUAAAGUGUGUCCCACAGCAUGGGCACAACCCUGUUGCCCAAAGCUCGGCAGAGGAAGUGAAAAAACUGUUAGUGACACAAAGGAAAUGACAUCACCAUGGGUGUUGGUGGCGGAGUCCAUAGGGAAUUGGCUUGGGAACCAAGUCUCCAAAAGACCAAAUGCUACCGAGGUGUCCCUGAGUAAGGCACUACAUACUUUAUAUGUAGUUACACUAAGAAGGCGCGCCCCCAAAUGAGAGAUGCAUUGAGCACAUUUUUGAGUGCAUGGCUCCCAGCUAAACGCAAAUCAGAGGAUGAAUCUUCACAAAAUGUUCAAUAACCCACUCUUAAAUGAGGCAGACAGGCAAGCUCUUCUGUGGAGUCUGUUGUAUUUAUUGGCAACUUUGUUAUACAGCUAACUUUAUAGACAGACUUAUCACUGCUGCUACUCCCGUUCACUUACUGACACAUACUACGCUCGCUCACUCUCAAUCGCUCUACACAUGCAACCGCCACACAUGUAUUCCCCCUCUCUCUCUUAAAAGGAUUGGCAACCUUACUCUGCAUGACCCUACUAUUAUAACACACUGGUUGCAUUUUGGACUGGAGUGGAGAAGGAUUACCCACUGCUAGGUAGGAGAGCCACGGCCACACUCCUUCCUUUUGCCACAUCCUACCUAUGUUUUUCUGCUGUGGCCUCUAUAAAAACAGGGAGCUUAGGGAGCUGGUUAAGUUUGAAAAUAUGUUGAAAGCAGAAAUGUUGUUACACAGUAAAAGAUACAUAGUAUUACACAGUUAGACCUAAUUAUUAUAAGUCGGGCUCACAAAUAUUCUUAUCUUCAAAAGGGGGAUCGUGCAAAAUAAGUUUUGGAACCACUGCUUAGUGGGAACAGGGCCGUUUCUAGCUGUUCGGGGGCCCUAUGCAAGAUGCUGUUUGGGGGCCCUAUGCAAGAUGCUGUUUGGGGGCCCUAUGCAAGAUGCUGUUUGGGGGCCCUAUGCAAGAUGCUGUUUGGGGGCCCUAGUCUUUACAGUUUUUUAACUACAAAGGGGGAAUUCCGAAGCCUUUAAGAUGAUCUGUGGAGACGCAUCAAUCUGUUACACUUUAAGAGGAAAACAGGCUAAUUUCACGAAAACCAAGCAAUUGAAACUUACAACAAAUUAUAUUAAAAAGGUAAACAAUAAGGCUCCUCUAUGUCAAUAAAUGCAAGAGAUGCAGCAUUUUCUCAAUAAUGUGUUAGCCCAACGAUGAUUUGGACUUUAUUACCCCAAAAACACAAGCCACAGCUUUGCUAUCAUUGCAGUUUAGUUGUUUUUAUAUCCUACAUUUGAUUUUUAAGCGUAUAAUGCUUCACUGAACACAGGAGGGGGCUUGGCUGUCUACAAAUAACGACAGCUCAUUUUAAUUCUCCCCAAAUAUAUUGAGGCUGAACCUGAACUUUCAGCAUGGGGGCCCCCUAGUGGCCGCAGGGGGCCCAUGCAUCUGCAUAGUCCGCCUAUAGGAAGAAACGGCCCUGAGUGGGAAGAGGAAGAACUCCUUCAGUGCCAGGAAAAGUUCACCAACAACCUGGCCGAGAAACAACAGAGCUGGGAGAUUGAAAAACAACAGAUGAAGACGAUGUUGAAUGGAGUGGCGGACGAGAAAAAGGACCAGGCCGGUAGGAACCACAUCUUGGAGACGGCAAAACAGAAGAUGGAGAUGAAAUUGAAAGAGGAGACGAAGCACAACAAUUACCAAACCCGUACAAACAAAACCUUGGAGAAGGAAGUCCAACAGUUGGAGGACCAGUUGAAAAAGCAGGGUGAAAAGUUCACAAAAGACCUGGCCGGAAGAAAUGACACCUUGGAGAGUGAAAAACAACAGAUGGAGACUACAUUAAAAGAGGCAGAGAAGGAGAAAGAUGACCAGGCCAGUAAAAACAUCAUCUUGGAGAGGGAAAAACAAGAGAUGGAGAUUAAAUUGAAAGGUGUGACAAAGCACAAAAAUUACCAGGCCCGUAAAAACAAAACCUUGGAGAGGGAAGUCAAACAUUUGGAUGACCAGUUGAAAAAGGAGGGUGAAAAGUUCUCAGAAGACCUGGCCGAAAGAAACCGCAUCUGGGAGAGUGAAAAACAACAGAUGGAGACACAAUUCAAAGAGGUGGAGAAGGAGAAAGAUGACCUGGCCCAGAAAAACCUCCGCUGCGAGACUGAGCUAAAAAAGGUGGAGAUCAAAUUGAAACAGGUGACGAACAAGAAAAAUCACGAGGCCAGGAAAAACCAAACCUUGGAGACAGAAGUCCAAGAGUUGAAAGACGAGAGGAGGGAGACAGAGGAAAGGUUCUCCAGAGACCUGGCUCAGAAACAGCUGAGCUGGGAGGCGAAGGACAACAAGAUGGAGGAUGAAGAGGAACUUCUGGAGGACCUCUCUCUGAACAUGGAUUACCAGAGGAGAGGUUUCUUGUUUCGUAGGAGGGAGACAGAGAGGGACGUGGACUUGCAGAGGAUGCAAAGCAAGAGGCAAGAGAAGCAGGUGAGAGGGAAGGCAAAGAGGGAGUAAGCUGAGGCGGGAAACGACGGGGGAGGAAGCGGCUGGUGCUUCAGCUCAGGCUGGACAACAGUAGUUCCCUCUACCUCCCCCCUUCCCCUCUCCCUCUUUCUCCCGAUCCUUCCGCCCCCCCACGUCCUUCCUCACUCUCCUCCCCUUUACCUCAUUUAGGGUUUCUUCCUGGAUUUCAGGUUUUCCCGCAAUCCAUAUUCAUAAUGGAAUUAGAAAAAAAUGUCACCAUUUACCUCCGCUCCUUCCUCCAGCCUCCAUUUACCUCACCUACUUCUUCCCCCUCUCUCCCUUCUCCACCCUCAACUGUCCUCUCCAUGUCCCUCACCUCUUUCUUCCUACCUAACACCCCCCCUCUCCCUUCCCCAUUUCUCAUUUACGGUUUUCUCCUGGAACAUAUAAUUAGAUUUACGAUUAUGCUAAAAUAUAUUUAAAAAAAUGUACGUGUGUGUUUCAUUGCGUAAGAUAUACAGUAUACGUAUGACAUGCUGGUUACUAAAAUACUAGUGUUCAUUCAAUGCAUGUUUUAAUCAACACUGGAUUUAAUUAAUAAAACAGCCCAUGGUAUGAGAUUGAAGAUACAGAUAGUUCUUGGUGUUUUUAUAUUUGUCUCAUUUGUCUAAAUGUGUUCAUUUUAUAUGAGUUAAUAGAAUAUUCUGGGACUCCUCAAAACGUUGAACUUCAACAAUGAAAAUGUAAUUUUAUUGACAGAAACAUGGUGUCAAAAUGAUCUACCCACUCACCUCAAUAGAGAAAAAGAACAAAAAACAAGAGGAAAUUGAGAUAUGCCAUAUGUGAUGUGCUUGUAAUUAAACACAAACAUUUGAAACCUCACUUAAGUAAACAUGUAUAAUUAUUAUCUGCAAAAAGUAGGUCAAAUCCUAAAUAGCUAUUUAAUGGAUUAUGAUUAAGUUUUGUACUUUCACAAAUUCAUGGUUCCCAGAGGAUGGAUCAGCACUCAUCUAAGAUGAUGGCGAAGAUGGUAAACAACAUACCUCCUAAACAUCAGCAUAAUAGAAUUGUCAUAAUAAGCAUUUUAUCAUCUAGCUCAAAUCAGACCUGUGAUCAGAAUUUGAGUAUGGCCUGACAGAGCCACUAGUGUGAUGUGUUUACAUGAAUCAUAUUGACCCAACUUUAAUAACCAGAUUCACUCACUAAUCUGUGAGGAUCUUUGGCAGAAAACAGUAAACGUCUUAUAACUUUAAAAAGGGCCCUAUUAUGCUCAUUUUCCGGUUUCAUAUUUGUAUUUUGUGCUUCUACUGUGACAUGUUAACAUACUUUAAUGUCCCAAAAGGUCUCUAUUUGUCUCAUACUGCCGGUAAGCAAUUUGCAAAUCAUGUGAAAGCGGCUUUAGGUCGGCAUUCACAAAACAAGAAAAAGUAUAGGAUUAAGAAUGAAUUUAAUGUCAAUCAAAUGACAGAGUGACUUGCGAUGUGUUGAUACAGCCAAGUAUUCUAGCUGAGAGAUUUGCCUGUGUGUAGCUUUUAUUUUGACAGCAUGUGUAUUUGUGUGCUACUCUUGGAUGCCUACAUGGGGCUGGUUUCAUCUGAAGCAUGACUAAAGGAUUCCGCCCAAUGUCUGGGCCAACAACAUCAGGUGCCACACCCUGAAGACUCCACACCAGGCCAGUAUCUCCACAUCAAACGCAAGCCAUUAAUAAAGGAAAAUUCCCAUGCAGUGCUAUGAUGAAUCAGUCAUGGGAACUUGUGCAGCCGACUUAAUGUUUUAUGCCUCGUAACUUGCUCGACAUGGAAUGGUAAUUAUUUUCAGAGCUUGAAUAUCUUGUCUGCUGGGCCAGACGUCACCUGGGUGGGGAGGACACCUGUUCACCUCUCAGGUUUUUACUUGCUGAGUCAAAACCUGAGGUUAGAAGGCUUCGGGAGAUUAAGCAAGCAAGAAACCAUUUUGUUACGUAUGAAGAAGGUAUUUAUCUGGGUAAUGUAGAGCAGAGUCCUCUAAAGGAUUGCUGUUACUUGAAAAUGCCCACAUGUCCAAAUGAACAAAAGGUGCUGACUGCAGGUCAAUGUUGGCCAAAAAGAUCAA